AUGACAAUGUCGAGCUCUAUCGGGCUUGAGACGCCGCGGUUUCACAUCGGACAGCAUGACUCCAAGAGAGAUGUGCCGCUGACGGACUUGCAGUACGGAUACUUGCUCAACCAAGGCGUAGGAUGCAACCAAGAGCCGACGAGCACACGGACAGGGUCACAAGCCGACCCAAUUAUCCCGCCUCUGACACCGGACGAUACUGCCUUGUUUCCCUCGCCCACCGUCAACACAUAUACAGCGUAUAUAAGCCCGUGGAUCGACUUGUGCUCGACGAAUCCAUUGAUAGCCAACAUCUCACGACAAGUGCUGAACCUCGAGAUCAAUUAUGCCAACUUUUGCGGUGUGAGGAGUAUCAUCAUCGCCGCACCAUCUCGCGAUGCCUCCGAGAGCGGUGGUAGCCAGGCCUUGACACAGUACUCUCGUGCUGUGCAGGAAGCCCUCGUCAUUGGAAGUGCCCUGACAAUUUUGGUUCACAUGCCCAUGUACCGAGAACCCCCGACUGGCCAAGAGGUUGAUGAGACUCUGUCGUCAAUCGAGGAGAAAAGGCCGACACCACUUGCGAGCAAAGAGAUUGACCUUUUUGCGGCGUGGGCCUCUUGGCACCAUGUUCGGUCCGCCUGCAGUUACAACCUCCGGCUUUAUGUUGGUAUGUUUCUAGAACCCUUCCGCGACCCAAACGCUAGUCACGGACAACUAAUCAUUGCCAAUUCAGCUCUCCAAAUUCCCCGGAUGAUGCCUGAAAAGGACCUGCAAACAAGAUGGUUUGCCGAGCCCCUGCACUAUUUGACCAUGGGCCCAGAAGUCUUCCAGACGAACAAAAGCGGCUUCCCUACUUUGUCAAAGCACCACCAGGAAAUGAUCUUCAGUUACAUGAAGCUAAAAGCCAGGCCUUGGAUUCUGCUGUGCGAUGUUGGGCCCGACGCGUCAAAGUUCAACGCGGAAGAUUCAUCCAUCUUUCCGGUAGCCGAUAGGCCUGAAAUGACCGAAGACAAUUUCCCCAGCCUCGCAGAUGCUGCUCACAUAGUGACCAACGAAAGCGGUCGCCCAGGUGUCGAUGCACACAUGGAAUACUUGGAAUGGCUUGAGUCUCAACAACCUCCCCUGACGGCUCUGGAGUCGCCAACCUUGACAAGUUUCCAGGAUUGGCUGCAAUCUCCACUUCAGCCGUUGUCGGAUAAUUUGGAAUCUGCCACGUACGAAGUGUUCGAAGGAGACCCGGUGAAGUACGACCAGUAUGAAGCCGCCGUCAUUGAAGCACUGUCCGAAUGGAAGGAACUCGGCCUGCCUACUUCCAAGCAAGGUGCCGUUGUCAUCGCAGUAGCUGGAUCUGGAAGGGGGCCACUGGUUACGCGCGCCUUGAAGGCAGCAGAGUACGCCGGCGUGAAGGUGGAAGUCUGGGCCGUGGAAAAAAACCCAAACGCCUAUGUCUACCUCUUGCGUCAAAACGAAAUGCUCUGGGGCGGAAGGGUCAACGUCAUAAAGACCGACAUGCGGGCUUGGAAAGGACCCAUUGUGUCCCAGUCGCCAGACGGUCCUGUCUACGGCAGAGUUGACAUUUUGAUUUCCGAACUCCUUGGUUCAUUCGGGGAUAACGAACUUUCCCCCGAGUGUCUUGAUGGCAUCCAACACGUCGUUGCCAAACCGCAUGGCAUCUCGAUUCCACAUUCUUACACGGCUCACAUGAGCCCCAUUUCCACGCCAAAGGUAUACGGGGAUAUCUUGGCACGGUCUGCCACGGAGCCCACAGCCUUCGACACCCCUUGGGUCGUCAGACUGUACGCCCUCGACUUUGUCUGCCAAAGGGUGCCGGGGCGCGCGCGAUUCCAACAAGCGUGGGAAUUCUCACACCCUAUUCCGGAAUCGACAUUGGCAAACAUUGAUGCCCGGCGCUCCGGUGGGACCAUGGGUGGCGGGGGCGGCAGCAUGGCAGGGGCAGCGGGUGCAAAUGACCAUAAUUCUCGAUACUGCCACGUCACGUUUGUGUGUCGCUCGCAGGGCGUCACGCACGGCCUGGCGGGUUACUUUGAAUCGACCUUGUACGAGCCGAAGCUCGAGAGCCGAAGGGGGCAAAAGGUUGAAAUCAGCACACACCCCGAGCGGAUUGACCAGAAGAGCAAGGAUAUGAUUUCCUGGUUCCCCAUUUUCUUCCCCCUCAAGGUGAGGCUCAUGGCAUUCGUUUGCAUCCCUUCCGCUGGCAGCACGGCAAGAUUGACCAAUGGCAACAUAGGAGCCGAUCUCGUUCCCAGCCGACACCGAACUCGAAGUAAGUAUGUGGCGGCAAACAGACGACACCAAAGUGUGUCCGCCGGGGCUGAGCGUUACAUUGUCACGGCGCAUGGCGAUGCGCAAUGCGCAAUGCGGAGCGAGCCGCUUGGGUGCAAGCGGGAAGCACUCAUAGAUAUCGAGAUGCACAAGGCCGUGAAGUUGGUGCCGGAAAACGCCGGGUGCGCAUCCGCGCCCUCAGCUGCCGCAUCAGGCGGAAGCCGGCGCCCUGGUUGGCCCGGUGCCGGCGAGCGCCGCGACAGGGAGCCUCCGACGUCUCGAGCCGAGACUCAACAGCCGGACAAGCGAGGGGUUCUACGCGGAGCUCGAAACCGGCCUACAUCGCAUACGCACCGCCGUCAACAAACUGCCAAAAUGUCCUCUCAGCCUUCUCACCCUGCUCUGAUGAUUCCCGGACCCAUCGAGUUCGACGACGCCGUGCUCCAGUCCAUGGCGCACUACAGCGAGUCUCAUGUCGGUCCUGGCUUCGUCUCAACCUUUGGCGACACCCUCUCCAUGCUGAGGAAGCUCUUCCAGACCACCGACCCGGCCUCGCAACCUUUUGUUAUCAACGGAUCUGGUACCCUGGGCUGGGACAUGGUCGCUGUCAACCUGGUCGAGCCUGGCGAGAAUGCACUUGUUUUGAGCACGGGCUACUUCGGGGACGGAUUCGCCGACUGCCUCGCUGCAUAUGGCGCCAAGGUGACCAAGAUUACUGGACCUGUGGGCAGCCGGCCCCAGCCUGACGAGAUUGAAAAGGCCCUCAAGGAAAAGAAGUACAAGAUCAUCACCGCCACCCACGUUGACACCUCGACUGGUGUCUUGUUCGACCUUAAGAGCCUCACCGACGUCGUCAAACGUGUCUCCCCCGACACUCUUAUCGUUGCCGACGGUGUCUGCAGUGUUGCGUGCGAGGAGAUUGCAUUCGAUGAGUGGGGUCUGGACGCUGUCAUUACUGCCGGCCAGAAAGCCAUUGGUUGCCCUACCGGAUUGCACAUCUCCAUGUUCAGCGGUCGUGCCAUUGACGCGGUGCAGAACCGCAAGACAGAGCCCGCUACUUAUUUCGCUUCAAUGAGGAGAUGGAUUCCUAUUAUGCAAAACUACGAGGCGAAGAAGCCCUCGUACUUUUCCACUCCCUCACCACAGCUCAUCCGCGCCCUGAACGCUGCUGUCAGCCAGAUUUUGACCCGCCCCCUGUCAGAGCGCUUCCAGAGACACAUUGAGGUCUCCAACAAGGUCAAGAAGGCCGUUGCUGACCUUGGCCUCGGGGUUGUCGCGGCCAAGCCCGAGGAUCAGGCUCAUGCCAUGACUGCUAUUUACCUGCCAGACAGUGUCAGCAUCUCCGACAUCCUGCCCAAGCUGUUGAACAAGGGCAUCAUCUUCGCCGGUGGACUGCACAAAGAGAUCGGCACCAAGUAUAUCCGAUUCGGACACAUGGGUCCCUCGGCUAUGGACCCCGAGCGAAACGACGUCGACAAUGCCCUCAAGGCCCUGCGGGAGUCUUUGACCGAGUCUGGCUACAAGGCAUAA